GGGGCUCCUCAUUUACUAGCAUAGCAGGCGUCCCACCGAGACGAGAAGAAGACCACGUCGCUUUUCUGUACAUUUUAACCCUCUCCUGUGUCUUUUCUUCACUCUUUGUCGGUGUCUAACUUCACGUUGAGCUUGCUGAAAACUUUUCCCCCCCAAACCGUUACGGGACCGUCUGUGAUCUCCUCCCUCCCGUGAUUCCCAGUACAAGAUCUCGCAUUCCAGGUGGAGACCUAAUCCAAACUUGAUGGAGAUUAUGUAUUUUAUCUGAGGAGAAGAAAGAUAGAGAGUGGAGCUGCUCCGGAACACUUCGGCAUGUAGCGGGGACCUGUCCAUCUUCCUCAUCCUCAUCCGGACAUCUUAUGGGAAUGGGCCAGCACCUGGCCAGGGUGCAUCUCUCCACCCGGUGGUACGGCCGGCACCGUGCGAGAGUGAGGGGGGCAGUGGCGUGGUCAUAAAAGGCCAAGUCCCCUCUUACUCUCUCCUAUCUUCUUUGUGGGCUUUCACCCACGUUGACAUUUGACCCUUUCACCCUUGUCGUGCCCGGCUACCAGCGAUGCCCUUCCGGCUAAAGCUACGCCGCACGCGGCGCUACAACGUCCUAAGCAAGAACUGCUUUGUGACGCGCAUUCGCCUGCUGGACAGCAACGUGAUUGAAUGCACUCUGUCAGUGGAGAGCACGGGGCAGGAAUGCCUGGAAGCUGUGGCCCAGCGACUGGAACUCCGAGAGACCCACUACUUUGGCCUGUGGUUCCAAGGAAAGACGCAGACUCCGGCACAGCGCUGGGUGGAGUUAGAGAAGCCCCUCAAGAAGCAAUUAGACAAGUUUGGCAAUGAGCUGCUACUGUUUUUCGGCGUGAUGUUCUACGUGCCCAGCGUGUCCCGCUUGGAGCAGGAGGCCACAAGGUAUCAGUAUUACCUUCAGGUAAAGAAGGAACUCUUGGAUGGACGUCUCCACUGCACGGUGGAGCAGGGUAUCAGACUAGCUGGCCUAGCAGUGCAAGCUGACUUUGGGGAUUUCACUCAGUUCAUGUCUCAGGACUUCCUCAGGGAGUAUGUGCUCUUUCCAGUGAACUGGCCUAAUGGAGAUGAAGUACUUGAGGAGUGGACUCAAAAGGUUGCAGAAGAGCACAAGAGCCACUGCCGAAUGCAAGCAGCGGAGGCUGAACUCUUGUACAUUAAGGAGGUGGAGAAACUGGAUGGUUUCGGACAGGAGAGCUUCCCUGCUAAGGACAACUACACCAACGAUAUUUUCAUCGGCAUGUCUUUCAUCGGAGUGUUUGUCAAACACCGAAAUGGGCGGUCCAUCAUGCUUCACAGGUGGAAGGACAUCGGCACCAUAGCGCACAACAAGUCUGCCAUCACAGUGGAGAUAACGAGCCGGGAUGACACUAUCAUUUUUCACACAGAGGAUAUGGAAAUGGCCAAGUACAUCGCUCGUCUUUUCACGGCCAGACACAAGUUCUACAAACAGAACAAGAUUUGUACAGAGCCAACUCAUUCCCCUGCACCAAUCAGGAGACGACCCACCUGGACUCACCGUCUCUCUCUGCCACGGCCGCAGUCCUGUAACUUCCAGACAAUGCAUUCCCAGUAUGGAGAACAUUAUCAAGACACACAGAGCUCUCAAGACAGUAUCUUCCAUGACGACCCCUACUACAAAUCCCAGACCAGCCUGGACCACUGCCAGGUGGACUUCCCCUUCCGUAACGGAACCUUGCCCAAUGGAAGCAUGUACAGCAGCCCGAGCUUGAGCUCCCUCAACCAUUCCCAGACGUUCAUCCCGCCCUCGCCAAUGUCCUCCAACCUCAGCAUCCCGGGCAGCGAGCUCAUGCGCCCCGAUUACAUCCCCAGCCACCGCCACAGCGCCAUCAUCGCUCCGUCCUACCGGCCCACGCCCGAGUACGACGCUGUGAUGCGGCAGAAACGGCGCAUGCUCCCCGCUCACCACGACCUCCACAGCCAGUCGCUGCGCAGUCUGAACAUUAGCAAUGCCUGCGCUUAUCGCCAGCCUGAGGCUUUGGUGUACAGCCAACCGGAAAUGAGGGAGAGGGGGCCUUAUCACGGCCUGGGACCCAGUCCUGGACCUUACACACAGAUCAGCUACAGUAAGCCGGUGUCCCAUGGCCCCCAUCAGGGAGGACCAGCCAGCAAUCAGGGGCCCUGUCAUUCACCAUGCAUCAACGGAGGCGGAGGCAGCAGCACUGGAGGUGGCGGCGGUGGUGGUAGUGGUGGUGGUGUGGGAAGCUCAAUAUCUCACACAGUUAGUACGCCUGAGCUUGCUAAUACCAAACAGCAAGGGACUAAUCCUGGGAACUACGCCGCGACCGCUCAUAUUAUGAGAAACCACAUAUCACGACCUCCCCCGCCGUAUCCCUCCACCCCUUUCCGACCUGCCACGAGCACGCCAGACCUUGCCAGCCACCGACUUCGCUGCAUCGGGGGAAGCAGUCCAGAGUUGGUCACACGAAUGGUGCAGCUGUCGGUGAAGACCUUCCAGCCGGACAGCUCGGCGGUGGUGCACCAGUCCUUGCAGGAGGUUAGCGAGCCGCUCACCACUGCGGCGAAGCACCGCUCCACGUUGGGCAAGAGGCACAGCAUGGAGGUGAUUAGCAGCAUGAGAGCAGGAGGUGGCAUGGAGGGUAUGGUGAUGAAGGGCAUGAAUACCCCUCUUCAUCGGAGGAAUACUCUCCGAGAGCAUGUGAUGCCUCCUCAGCCCAUGCCGCAAGCGCAGCCCCAACCCCCUCAGCCGCAAACUCAACCACAGCCUCACCCAGCUCCUCCUCAGCCAAAAGACUUGCCCAUACCCAUCCCUCCCCAGAAGGAACCAGCGGUGGCGCCGCCUGCUCCUGUUGCCUAUCAGCAUCAAAAGACUCUUUCAAACGCCACCAUGCUCAUCCACAGCAGUGAAAGCGAGGAGGAGGAGGAGGAGGAAGAGGAGGAGAGGCCUGAGCUUGAUGUUCAAAUCCCAGGUUUGAAUGAGGACAUCAGCAUCAGUGCCCAGUUACAGGCCGCCUUGGCGAAACUGCCCAACAAACCCCCUCCGGAGUACCCCGGUCCUCCAAGACCCCCCAGCAAUGUUUCCAUUCACUCUCACAAUCACACUCACCACCACAAUCAAGCAGCACACAGCAGCCAGGGACCAAUGGACCCAUGCCAAGCCCAGGGUCAGAUUCCUGGGGAUGGCGGUCCUGAAAGUGGUGGUAGUGGGACUCUAACGCGAGGGGACCAGGGUGCGGUCAAUGGGAACGUUUUAGGUCCGUCGAUUUCGGAACCCGAUCUGACCAGUGUAAAGGAGAGGGUGAGGAAGGAGCCGGUCAAGGAGAGACCCGUGUCGGAGAUGUUCUCUUUGGAAGACAGCAUCGUGGAGAGGGAAAUAGCGCAGAGGACGCUGGAAAGACAGAAGAUGUCUGUAGACUCCAUGAAGAGACCCUUGAUGAUGGCGGCCCUCAAUGGUCUCUACGUGGCCCGGAUGCCCGUCCCGGAGUCUCCUUCGGAGGAUGGUGCCAAGGCUGCUAUUGAUGAGCGGUGUAAGACAUUGGAGCUCAAAUUGGAAGAAGAGAGAGUCUUCACCGAGUACGAGCAGGUGCCCAAAAAGAGGGCGGACAGCGCUCUGACCACGGCGACCCUCCCGGAAAACGCAGAGCGCAAUCGUUUCCGCGACGUGGUCCCGUACGAGGAGAACCGUGUGGAACUUGUGCCCAACAAGGAGAACAACACAGGUUACAUCAAUGCCUCGCAUAUUAAGGUGACCAUCAGAGGCGAGGAGUGGCACUACAUUGCCACCCAGGGUCCGCUAGCCAACACCUGUGCCGACUUCUGGCAGAUGGUCUGGGAGCAGGGGGUCAGCGUUAUCGCCAUGGUUACAGCUGAGGAGGAGGGAGGCAGGUCAAAGAGCCACCGCUACUGGCCCAAACUGGGCUCCAAGCACAACUCGGCCACUCACGGCAAGUUCAAGGUAACCACCAAGUUCCGCACGGACUCCGGCUGCUACGCUACCACAGGGUUAAAGGUCAAACACCUGCUCUCGGGCCAGGAGAGGACCGUUUGGCACCUACAGUACACCGACUGGCCUGAGCAGGGCUGCCCCGAAUACGUCCAGGGGUUUCUCUCCUACCUUGAGGAGAUCCAAUCUGUGAGGAGACACACUAACUCCAUGUUGGACACCUCCAAGAGCCUUAACCCCCCUGUGGUGGUGCAUUGUAGUGCAGGGGUGGGUCGGACAGGUGUGGUCAUCCUCACUGAGCUCAUGAUCAGCUGCCUGGAGCACAAUGAGCCCGUGGAGGUCCCCACCAUGUUGUCAGGUUUGAGGCAGCAGAGGAUGCUGAUGGUCCAGACCAUCUCACAGUACAAGUUCGUAUACCAGGUCCUCAUUCAGUUCCUGAAGAACUCCCGGCUUAUUUGACUCGUGAGGACGGCUCAGUCAGUCUUUGCUGUCAUGUUGGUGGAGAGUUUGGGUCAGAUCGUUCAUUCAUUGAAAGUCUGCAGUGCAGUCAGCGAACAAUAGUUAUUACAAUCCAUCAUUUUCAAUGCUAAAAUAUUCAGAAAAUUGAUUAAAUAUACAUGUACAUAUACACCCACUUCAAAAUUGUGCCUAAUCAUAUUCCCUGUUCGUGUUUUCUCCUCAUUUAAAACAUUUCAACCAUAUUUACAGAGUUUCCUGAGAUCGGAUUGCCUAACUUUACUGUUAACCAGUGUUGCGUCUCCUUGUAAAUACUGUAUCAUUGUGCCUUACUGAUAUCUUAACAAGAAGAUAUCGACAUACCUAUCCUUGUCUUAAAGUAUGUUUUUUUUUAACCUCCAAAGAUAAAAUCUUGAAAUCAGUAUUUAUUACUUUUAUUGGUCUUGUUGUGAGAGCAACACUUCAAAUGGUCUUUCUUCCUCUCAGGUAAGAGAAUGCUGAUGUUUCGGUUUAGUUUUUGAAGGAGAAAACAAAACAACGUGUUUAUAAAAUUUCUACUCGGAGUAAUGUUAUUUUCUCAGUGUUUCUUUUGUACAUGUGUGAGAAGACUUUUUGUAUUUUUCCUGACUUGGUACUCCAAAAUACCGCAACCUGUUCAACUAUGCAUGCAUUUUUAAAAUAUUUUUAUUGUAUAUAUAAACAUAUAUAUAUAUAUAAAUAUAAAUAUAUUCUGAGAUAAAUAUAAGCUUCCUGCUCUCUUUACAGCCAAGUGUUUUAUUGCACUUCUGUGUCACGCGGCAUUCCACUGUUUGUUCAUAUUUAAUCCCCUUUUUUGGCAAACCUCACCCUUUUUGAAAAAGAUGUGUAUAUGUUUUGUAUAUGUGUUUCCACUGCAUUCCCCUUACUUAAACAUGUACUUGCUUAUCAUGCAAUAAAGCCUUAUUUUCUUUAA